AUAAGGGCAACAUAAAUGGCAAUAAGCACGUCGAUCACGCAAGCUUUGAUAAAGACGAUCGCCUGCGAGUUGAGUGACACAAGAUCUGCAAAAAUGGCAUCUCUGACAGACGACCAGAUUGGAGAAUACAGAGAGGCUUUUAGUUUGUUUGACAGAAAGGGAGACAACAAAAUUGAUUAUGAUCAAAUAGGCGAUGUUCUGCGAUCGCUUGGUCUGAAUCCCACUGCUGGCGAAGUCAAAAAGAUCGAGAAAGAUGUUGGUGCAAAACGUGUCAGUUUUGAAGAAUUUCUUCCAAUCUAUCACUCAGCAUUUCAAAAGAAAACCAAUCCAUCACUGGAAGAGUUCAUUGAAGGCUUUAGAGUAUUUGAUCGUGAUGGCACAGGCACUGUUCAAGCUGCAGAGCUAAGAAACUUGCUAACAACUCUGGGUGAGAAACUCACAGAUGACGAAGUAAAUGUGCUGUUUGGUACUGUUGAUGAUCAAAGUGGUUACAUCUCAUAUGAAGACUUUGUGAAAGUCAUCUUGUCAGGAUAAAUAACCGAAUACAUCAAUGAGAAUAUUUUAUAUUGUGUAAGAUGUCCUUUCCAAGACAUUUAUCUUUUUCCUAAAUAAGGUUUUUCACUUUUUCACAAUUAUAUACACAUGUAUAGUUAACGAAAUUGUACUUUUGUAGGACAAUAAAAGUUGAGAUCUUUAAACUGA